AUGCAUUCGGUAGCCUGUCUUCGAUUCAAGCUGCGCAGCCACGGGACGAUCGACCUGAUCCAACCAGUGGAAUCAGAUAUCGACAACGGACCUGGUCAUCAGGUCUUAGAUACGUGCGCAUCGCUCAGGUCUCUCGCGGCGGCCUCGCUGUUUUCCCUGUAUUUUCGACACGACAUCUUGCGUCGGAAGACUUUUAAUAAAUAUGUGUGGGCUGUUGGACAAUUUUCACUCUUGACGGAACCCGAGAGGCAACCGUAUCAGUGCAUGGUGGAUGCGCGCAGACUGUAUCAUGGCGCUGGCGACAAAGUGCACGUACCUCACGGCCAUCAUGAUCCUUCGCCCACGAGGGAUCGCUGCAGUCCUCCUGCUCCGGGAACGCCUGCCUCGUGCGGUAGUGGUAGCACGCUUCCCUUCGAUGAGGUGCCGCCUUGCCGAGGCCGCCUAGGCUCACCACCGCCGUAUGCCGAAUGCGUGACCGAAGGACAGUCACCGAAAGCCGGAUCAGACGCCGCAUCCAUCCUCGCCACAUCUCCCGCAGCCGACUGCGACCUGCCAGAGUAUGGUGAUACCAAACGAAGGGAUGCUUCACUGGGUCCCCAUCUGGCCGUUCCCCCUUGCGGAAACCAAGCCAUCCGUCCAACGAGUAAAAGGAAAUGGUCCAUACGUGCCACAGCGUCAUCCGCAACCGACGCCCACCGACCCGAGAAAUUACAGCGAUCCUUGUUUGUCGAUCUAGAUGACAAGAGCCAGGUCGCAAUUUUGCAUGACCUGCAACAACAAAUCAGGCAGCGAGACCAACAGAACGAAGAACUUCAAAGGACUGUCGACCAGUUACGGACAACCGUCGGAGAACUACAGAAGAGAGUCGAGGUAAUGCAGACGUGGAAGAAAAAACAAGAGGAACUGGUUGGUGAUCUGGAAGGAACCUGUUCUCAAUUGGCAGAGCGCCAAGACGACUUUGACGAUGCCGUUGACUGUUUGUCUGGCGAUGUAGACGAGCUUGCCGGGAAACAUGACGAGCUCGGGAAACAGAUGCUAGAUGUCAGUGAUGAGUUCCAGGACUUGAUGGAUGGUAUGGUUUGGAAGGCCCAAGAAGAACUCCGCAAAACCAUUGAAGACGGUAUGGCGAAACAGAUACAAGAGAUUGUUGAGGCUCAAGUAAAUGAAGUCAGAAGGAGGAUUUCCAAAGCUCUCCAGCCGACAUGA